GAACAGUUGGGAAUUUCUUUUUAGUUGGAGGGCUAGAGUGGUUUGGUAUGGGUAGCCGAAUUAUUUUAACAGCAAGAGACAAACAACUGUUAAUCAAUCACGUUGGGGAUAACGUGUAUGAAGUCCAACUAUUAACUGAGGAUGAAGCUCUUGAAUUGUUCAGUAGGCAUACUUUUAGAGAAAAAUCACCAAAGAAGGAUUUAAUGAAACUUUCAAGAGAAGUGGUGGAGUAUGCUGGUGGACUCCCUUUAGCUCUUAAAGUUUUGGGUUCUUCUUUUUACAAACGAGACAAAGAGCAGUGGAGACACAUAAUUGAUCGGCUGAAGAGAAUCCCUCACAAUGAUAUUCUAGGAAAGCUUAGGCUUAGUUUUGAUGGACUGGACAAAGAUGAGAAGAAAAUAUUUCUAGAUAUUGCAUUUAUAUGUAUUGCAAGCUUGACUGGAUAUAGUUUUGAUCUUUAUGUGGAACUAGUACUUGAGACUUGUGGUUUUAAACUGAUAAGAGAUUACCUUAUCGAAAAAUCACUGUUAUCCAUCAACAUACGUAAUCGUAUCGUGAUGCAUAAUAUGAUAAGAAAUAUGGCUGCAAAUGUCAUAAUGGAAGAGUAUGCUAAUAGCAGAAUAUGGCUUCCCGAGGAGGUCCGUGACCUUUUAAAAGGAAAGUUGCUAACAGAAAAGGUGGAAAACCUAUGUAUCCCAGAAGGUUACAAUUUUGAAGAUGAUCCUGUCAAUUAUAGCAAUAUUUUCAGGAGGAUGCAAAGCUUACAAGUACUUGUAAUUGGUGAUGGAACUUUUAGCUCGGAGUGUGAUAUCACUUAUCUUCCUUCCACCUUGCGGUUUAUUGAGUGGGAGGGGUAUCCUUCAAUUUCAUUGCCAGAGAACUUUGAACCAUCACAGCUCGUUGUGCUUCGCUUAAAGAAAAGUAGGCUUGUCAAACUUGGGCCAAUGUCAAAGGUAUACUUGCUCUCUCUGUCUCCCCAAUAAAACAAAAUUUCAUUUUUUUUUUUGUUUGCUAGGUUUAAUGCACAUGAAUUAAUCACUCCACGAUUUAAAUGCUACACAAAAGAAGUGCUUUGAUAUACACAAUUAUCAUAAAAAAAAAAUUAUUUAGUAAUCUCACUUGAAAAGUGAAAAAUUAAACAAAUCCAAGUGAAAACUUAAACAAAUCCAAUCUUCGGAAAUCAUCCAAAAUCAGCGGUAUCAUCUCUCUCUCUCUCUCUCUCCCUCUCCCCCGCAGCUCAUACUUCUUUCUUUUCCCAAUUAAAUCUUCAAAAUAUAUAGGUGGAAUCGAACUAAGUUGACAUUCACGAA